ACAGCAUGUUCGCUAGUAGAGAAUCUGUGUGGCACAGUGCACUUGAAUCACUUAACGAAAUUAUAACGAUUAGCAAAUUCGUGCACGCAAGACGAGUCUGAAUUUUAAAACGGUUAGUGAACGGGCGAUUGUGACAAGAGAAGAAAGUGAUUCGAAAGGUGGACAAUCACACGGAUUGCGGAAAAUAUUUGCAAUGAACAAAAUUUAGCUAAAUUGUGAAAAGAUUUUAGUGUUAAAAAAAGGAAAAAGGGAAAAUGUAAAUGAUAAUAAUGGCAACUAGAGGAAUUCGAAGAAAGAAAUCCUCACUGUCUGAAGUUAAAAUAGCUGUGUUCGGUGCAGCAACCGUUGGCAAAAGUGCGUUGACAGUCAGAUUCCUUACAAAGCGUUAUAUCGGAGAGUACGACCAUCAAACAGAAAACCGUUACAAACAUGAGGCAAUGGUAGAUGGAGAACCAAUUCUGUUUGAAAUUUUAGACACAUGUCCUAAGAAUGAUGACGAUGAUGAUAUAUCAUCAGUAACGGCCGAACAUAUACAAUGGGCAGAUGGAAUACUGCUGGUUUAUGCGAUAACCGAUCGUAAUUCAUUCAACUACAUUCGCAAGGCUAAGGUGAAUCUACAACCGGACAUUCCAUUAUCAUUGGUUGGCAACAAAGUCGAUAUGGUUCAUUUGAGGCAAGUUAGCACCGAAGAGGGUGAAAUCUUGGCUAAAGAUUUUGAGUGUAAAUUUUGUGAAAUAUCAGCUGCUGAGCAUGUGACACAAGUGUCUGAAGCAUUUCACGAUUUGUGCAAAGAAGUGUUGCUAGCUCGACGGAAAUCGAAACAAAGUUUGUUAGAUCGAAUGCUGGGUGGCACCCGGACCUAUAGUCGAGGGAAGAGUGAUAGUGCUCUGCCGAAAGAUUAACAGAAAAAAAAUGUUCUUGUUUCACAUCAAUAAUAUUAAUGAAUUCGGUUGUUAAAGUAAUUGGAGUGUUUAUCGUCGAUCUAUUUUAGUGAUGAGAAAGUGACAAAUUUGUUUUCUUAGACGUGUAAGAAUUUAUUAAAAUACAAAAUAAAGAGAAAACUUUUUACAAAAA